CUCGACCACAUCUCACAACACUCUACGCUCUCCUACCUUUUGUCAGUAAGAGCACUCUUCAUAAAUUAGAAUAUGGAAGGAAGAUGUCAAUGUGGUCAUAUCCGCUUCAUCACCCCCCUUCCUCGUCCGCUCAAGAUCUACUUCUGCCACUGCACCGAGUGCAGACACCAGUCCUCCUCCGCGCACGGCGUCAGCGCCAUCUUCCCGAGUUUUGAGAUUCCCAACCCUGUCCCAGGCUCAGACAUCACAGAGCAAGUUGGCUUGUACAUCCGUCACACUCUCCGCGGGUGCGAGCUGCAGUGUUUGUUCUGUCGGCGGUGCGGGGCAAGGCUGGUCCAUCGCGUCGAGGGCGACGAGAAAUUAUCCGUCAAAGGCGGGUGUCUGGUUGAUCUUAAUGAAGAUAUGAUGCGCCAUGCAGAGCAUAUCUGGUGCAAGGAGGCUGUCGUGGAGAUUCCAGAUCGGUUGGCGGAUGGGACAGUGGUGGUCAAACACGAUGAAGAGCCUGUUUAACAGUAUCCAGUGUUAUUCAUAUUGUGAUCGUCUUCAACCUUCCUUUUCCAAUGUCGGUUCUCAAGCAGCUACAGAGCGUUGAUACACUCUUCAUCACAUAUACAUCUGUUCUACUCUACUUAGACAAGAUCAGGUGCUAAUCCUUAGCCUUCAGGGUCUCUAGCGUGAGAUACUGAUAUCUAGUCACUUGGUUAUUACUAUGAAUAUAGAAG